CGAUCGAUCAACACAUGACUCCCCGUUCCGCGGUAUUUUCGCCGGGCUUACUGCGUAAAAAUUGUUAGGAUUAUCUAAAAUUGUGUCGGGCAUAACAAAAAAAAAUGAACGAGUCUGCAUACAGUGCAGCGUGCAGGCUUGUGCCAACCACCACGUCUGUUCAGCAGGGCAGGGACGCCAGGAGAACUCACGAGAGGCACAUUAGAGUCCUGAUUGAACAGCGGAAGCUGCCAGACGAAGGAUGGAGCAAUCUGAGAAUCGAGCUCCUCCUCCAGGAGCUUGCUCUCAUGGACAGCAACAAUUUCCCUGAGAAUGUUGGAGUUGGAGAGAGGGAAGGGAGGGUCUUUUCCGAGUUGGUGGCUCGUCGACACUUUAGAUUGGCUCAUGGUGUUGGUCGGUCUGGGGACAUAGCUGCAGCCCAGCCCAAGGCAGCAGGCUCUUCCAUCAUUGCCCAGAUUACCAACUCUCUCCUGCUGGACCUCAUCAGGCAUGCAGGCAAGCGGUCUGUAUAUAAUCUGAGGGUAAGGUCUGCACAGAAGUGUGUCCUACUGCCAGUUGCAACAGGGAUGGCUCUUCUGCUGGUGUUGCUGACUCUCAGACAGAAGAGACCCACUGCACACCACGUCAUCUGGCCACGAGUGGACCAGAAGAGCUGCUUCAAGUGCAUCGUCUCUGCAGUGAGACUAUCACUGUCAGGUUUUCAGCCAGUGGUGGUGGAGAAUGUACUGGAGGGAGAUGAGCUUAGAACGGACGUCACUGCAGUGGAAGAAGAGAUACGGAAUCUGGGAGCAGAAACAGUGGCCUGUGUCUUUACCACCACCUCUUGCUUUGCACCCAGAGCCUACGAUAAGUUGUCAGAAAUUGCAGGGCUGUGCAAAAAGUACGAUAUACCGCACAUUGUGAACAACGCAUAUGGAGUGCAGUCCAGUAAAUGCAUGCACAUUAUUGAAGACGCUCACAGACAAGGAAGAGUGGACGCGUUUAUUCAGAGUACCGACAAGAACUUUCUUGUACCUGUCGGUGGUUCGGUAGUGGCAAGCUGCAGCGAGACGUUCGUGAAGGAAGUGGCACAGACCUACCCUGGCCGAGGCUCGGGAUCUCCAUGUGUAGAUGUGUUUAUCACUCUACUCUCCCUCGGGGUAAAGGGAUACAAGCAACUCUGCACUCAGAGAAAGGAGAACUAUGUGUACUUGAAGCAGAAGCUAGGAGAAGUGUGUACCAAGCACGGAGAGAGAGUCCUUGAGACCAGCCACAAUCCCAUUUCCUUAGGGGUUACUCUCUCCACUGCUGCACAGAGUCAGGGCGACAUGACUGAGUUUGGAUCUAUGCUGUUUCUCAAGAACGUAUCAGGGACCAGAGUAGUUGCUCCAGGAGAGAGCAAGACAAUUGGACCACACGUGUUCACCAACUGGGGCUCCCACCACAACAGCUACCCCACAGCCUACUUUACGGUGGCUGCUGCCAUUGGGAUGAGGAGGGAAGAGGUGGACCUGUUCCUGGAGAGGCUGGAAAAGGUGUUUGUCAAGUUCAGGAAGAAGCAGGGGGAGAGCCUCCAACCACCCGAGUGA